UUUCUCCCUUCUUCUUCCUUUACUCUUUUUCUUUUCUCUUGAUUUUCGUAUAGCUUCUCUAUCUACUAUGAACAACUCGUCCUACAGUCCGUAUCAUCAAAGGUCUCAUUCAUUACCAGUAGGGGACUCGUAUGGAUCAUCACUUCGAUCGCCACCCUCCCCCUCUAUGUCCAAAGCAUGCAAAGGCAAUUCCAAUCCACACGCGGUACUCUUUGGCGUCACUACCACACAUCGCUCUCUAAGUCAGCCAAAUAGCGGAAUACA